AUGCUCUGCGGCGGGUCGAUCAUCACGCCCAAUUGGAUUCUGACUGCUGCUCAUUGCAUUUCUUCCGAGCAGACCGGUCAGUACCACGCGACGGCCGUCGAGGUGGUCGCCGGUGCGCUGAACCGCUUCACCAGUGAGUCUAGCAGGCAAUCGCGAAAUGCCGACUGUGCUCUCAAGCACCCCAAGUGGACGGGAGUACGCGGUGGCUUUGCCAACGACAUUGCCCUCAUUCGCGUGCCCACCAACCGACCCUUCAACUUAAAUGGCGCCCAGGUGAAGGCCAUUUGCCUGCCACCCAAGCGGGAGCCACCCUUUGACUACACCGGCAUUGCCCGAGUCGCCGGCUGGGGCCUCACCCGAGAUCGAGGGUCGCCCUCGCGAACGCUGCAGUUCACUGAUGUGAGCAUCAUCUCGGACAACAAGUGCCGCCAGUACCCGUACCCGGUGAACAUACUCAACUCAAUGGCCUGCCAGGGCGUGGACACCAGCUCGCCCUGUCAGGGUGAUUCGG